AAUUUUAUGUCUCUCACCGUCCCUGAAGAUGAUGAUUUUUUUGGUAAGUAUUGGAGCUGAUAUUUCUUAUUCUAUUUUUUAAUUUUAAAAAGAUUUUAUCUUAAAGUUUUAAGCAAAAAGUUUUGUAUUUACAAUAUUAACUAAACUAAAAACAAUGUAUAAUAAUAGUGUUAUUGAUUCUUAUCCAUUGCCAUUCAAAAAUUAUGUCAUUUAUUAUGUUUAAAAAACAUUAAGGACAAGUUAGUAUAAUGAUACGAAAUUAAAACAGGAUAGAGAUGACAUAAGUGUAGAUAUAGUUGAUGUUCAUUAUUAUCUUUUGUACCCUAAGUUGCAUUGUAGUAAUUGCUUCAUUUAUCUUAGAUUUUUUUAAUACAGAAACUCAUCAUGUAGUGAUUGUAGUUAGUUUGUUAACGCUUACAGUACUGACCUACUUUUUUUGCUUGUAUAGCCUCAGUACCUGCUAUUAUUUUGCUAAUUAUUCCCUGUGGCCAAGAAAUUUUUUUGGAAGGAGCCAAAAUUAGAUAGGUUUGCAAAUUUUAAUUAUUUUGUAACUUUUUUGUUUUAAGCAAUUGAUAACAUGUAGAGAAUUAUCUGGUCAGAAAUGGAUAAGAGUGUUAAAAAAACUUGUUUUGCUCAAACUUUUCAUUGGCAACGGCACACUAGGGGGAUUGUGCGGCUAGCACAGUGUGCAGUUGAUCUUACUAAAUCAAUAUCUACAUUGACACUAUUACUAGUCUAAAACCUGUCAAACCUACAGGGUCCCAUAGGCGUAAAUUUUGAGCUUUAGUAGGCCUAUUUCCUUCAACUAUUGCAUCCCCCUCUUCCUUAUCAGAAUCAUCUAAUCCCAAUUAAAGCUCAACAAUAGUUUCAGAACAAAAUGUUUCAUCAAGUGGACGUAAGUCGUCAUCAACAAUAGCCCUAGGUAGCGCCAUGGAAACAACAAAUACAGAUCAGCACAAACAAACUCAAUAAUUGGUCAAUUUUAACAAUUUAAAAGGCAAAAUAAAAUUAGACUAUUCUCCUAAGGAAUAAACAUUUUGCCUGAGACUGCGGUUAAAUCCUCGUUUCUGUGCUUAUAUUAGAUACCUCUCUAUGUGACAAAUAGACGCGCUUGGGCCACAGGGAAAACAAUCGGCUGGUGAAAAAAGAUGCACUUGGGUCACAGGGAAAAAGUAGGUCACUGCAAAAAGACGGGCCUGUUACUGUAAGGGUUAAUCUCACCAAAAAAAUGACUUAAAUUUUGUCUCUCACUAAUAAGCUCUUUUUAGUCUCAUUUAUUUGUCAGUAUGUCAUCCACUCAUAAGCUAGCUCCAUGACUUUAGAUAGUCGUUUAUUUCCUAAAGUCUUUUAAUCUCACAUUUGGGGCAGGCUGUAGUAUGUUGGUUUGAUGAGAGGUUGAAUUUAAAUAUUACUAUUAUAUUAAUGACAUAAUAUCUUAUUUCAGUUUGUGAAGAGUGCGAGGAGUAUAUGUUUGAGUGCCCAUUACAUGGCCUUGUUCCAAGUGAAGAUCGAAAAGUAAGAAUUGAAUAAUUGUAAUUUUUAGUGUCUCUAGUGUACUCAAAACAUUCAGUUCCAUGUUUAGAGCAAAUAAAAUGCAUUAGAAUUUAGUUAAUUUUGGGAGCUUCUUUCAUUAAAUUCUCAAUAAUUAAAAAAAAACUCUUUUCCUGCCAAGUGUUUGUCUCAAGUGUGCCUGAUUGACAUUUCAGUGCAUUAAACAAAAAUUAAUUCCAAAAGAAACCUAUAAAUAAUCUUUAAAUUUAAAUCAGUCUAAUAGCUAUUGCAUUCAUUUCAAUAGAAAAAUAUAACUUAUAUCUCAUUUUAUUAUUGUUCAGGGUCAUGAAAAGAAAGUUGUUUCACUAAUUUCCCCACCUGUUAAAAAAAACAAAAACAAUUAGAACAAUUUUUGUUUAAGUAAAACAAUAUAAUAAUUUAAGGUGUUUUAGUAUAAUGCCUAUAUCAAUUAAACAAAUACAAAAAUUGUAUGAAUUUAAAUUUUAUUUACAUAUCAUAAUUUAUUAGCUACCUAAAAAGUAAACUGAAGGAAGGGAAAAUGGUAGGCUUGAGGGAGAAUACUCAAGGGAGUUAAUAGGGGCCUCAGACAAGGAGACUCACUAUCAUGUAUCCUGUUCAACUUCAUCCUAGAAAAAGUUAUUAGAAGCAUACAUGUGAGUACCAGUGGAACCAUAACAAACUACUUCCAGAGAGGUAUUACAGAACAACAACCAUCAGGCACCUUAUAUAGCCAUUUAUUGCAGUACCUGGUAUAUGCAGACGAUAUAGUGCUGCUGGGUAGAAACAUUAAUGACACAAUAAAAGCAAUCAGGGAACUUGAAAAAGCCUCAGUAAAAGCUGGUCUUGAUGUAAAUGAACCAAAGACAAAAUAUAUGUUAAUGUCACAAAACUCCCACGCUGAUGACAACAUCAGUAUAAACAACCACAAAUUUGAGAGAGUGGCUACAUUCAAGUAUCUAGGGGCAACUAUAAACAAGCACAAUGAAAUAAUGUCGGAGGUGAAAGAAAGGAUAACAGCAGGCAACCGUUCCUAUUUCAGCCCACAAAAGCUACUUGGAAGAAAAAACCUCUCAAGGGGAACAAAGAAGAUAAUAUACACCACAUUAUAAGACCAGUAGUAACUUAAGCUAGUGAGACUCAGACCCUUACCAGAAAAGAAGAGAACCUUCUCAAUACAUGGGGAAGGAAAAUAUACAGCCCAGUGAUGGAAAAUGAUAUCUGGAGAAUCCGCACAAACCAAGAACUAUAACAAUUGUACAAAGACCCACCCAUAGCCGCAAAAAUAAAAAAAUAAAAAAAGGCAGACUACGCUGGGCUGGAUAUAUUAAAAGGAUGCCAGAAUGUAGAGCAACAAAAGGGGUAUUAUAGGCAGAGACGUAUGGGCUGACGACUCACCAGAUGCCCAAGGCUGAUAUGGAUCGACGAUGUAGAGAAGGAUUUACACCAGUUUGGGGUUUGUGCAUGUAGGCGGAAAGCCAUGGAUCGUUCCGAAUGGAAGGAUGUGGUGGUGCAGGCCAGGGCCCUGCAUGGGCUGUAGUGCCACUGAUGAUGAUGAUGGAGGAAGGGAAAAGGGUUGGCUUGAGUCAUUGAAAAACUUGAGAAGAAAAGAAGAGAAAGGUUGUGGGUAGAAAUACGGUUUAAGACAAAGCAGGAAACAAUAUUGAAGCUAUUUAAAGUGUGAAUUCGGUUAACUUAUCAAUUCUUAAAAAUAAUUUUAGGAGACCAAUUGCAAAACCUAACUUAUCUGAUACCAAUAUCACACUGUUGUUAUCACUGUUUUAAAUGUUUCAAAUGGGACAGAAUUCUUGUUUUUUUUAUAUUGGGUCUGGUGCUAGCAAUAAUUAAUUAUCCAUCCAAGAUUCUGAACACAUCAUACUGCAUGGGUUACAUGUUCUGAUGCCAAUGUAUGCUUAGUAGUAGUAUAGAGAUAGCUUCUAACAAGCAUAUCUCUAAGGUUCCUGUUCCUCUGUAAAGUUUUUUUUUUUUUUUAAAUACAUAAUUUAAUUGGACACAUUGUUUUUGCUAGAAAUAAGGUUUUGGGGAUAAAAAGUUAUAAUUGAUUUGGUCCUUCACUAUUGUAUUUAUAAAAUAUUAAUAUUUUUAUUUAUUGAAUUAGUGGUGCAAACAUACUACCAUAGUUCCCAAUCUUAUUCCCCUAGAAGUAGAGGUCUUGUGUGAACUUUAAAUUGCAAUAAGAAUUGAACACUAAUGGAAUAAAUAAAAGACUUACUUUUAAAUUGUGGGUCAAAAAUUAGUACAGCAUCAUUGCCCAAGUCCCUAUUGACUUAAAUUAAACAAAUUAUUCCUUUUUCAAAUACAUUUUCUAAACCAUCAAUUGACUUCAUCCCAACUGUAAAUAAAACAGCCAUAUCCUUAUGUUUUCCUUCUUCUCAUUUUAUAGAAACAUCUGUCACACUGCCAACUUGCCACAUAGUUCAAAUUUCCCACUAAUUAAACAAAACAUUGAAUAAAAUAAACUCUUUAAAAUGUUUAGGUCCCCACUGAGUGUGAGAAAGGUUUGGACACAAGCUACUGUUGGAAAACUUUGCCCCAAGGACUUGCCAUUAAGAAAUCAAAAAUCCAAGGUGCUGGUCUUGGAGUUGUAGCAACUAAAUUUUUUCCAGCUCGAACCAGAUUUGGACCAUAUAUUGGAAAGAAAGAGAAAAAUGAAGAGGUAGCCUAUGAGUCUGGCUAUAGUUGGCAAGUAAGUCUUGAGUAGGAUGCAAAAAGUAUGUCAAAUAUUGUGUCAAGUUUAAAAUUCCUAAAUAAUAUAAUAAACUUGAUUUAUGUCUGCCAUAUAACAUAGCACAAUUUUGAAUAAUUUAUAACUGACAGAUGCAGCUAUUGACAUGUCCAGUCACAUGCAUAUGCAAAGAGCUGCUGCCUUGUACACCACAGAAAAAUUCCCAUUGUCUAAAUAAGUAGGCCUAUACAAUUAUAGCUCAUCAAUAUAAAUUGAAAGCAAGACAAGUAACUGUAGGUAUCCACUUCUCACUGAAAGGCCUGACAACUGGUUUCUAAAACACAGGUGUUAGCACUUAUUCAGGCAUCAUGAUUCCAUUAAUUCACCUAAAUUUUACGAGUCAUGUUUAUUUUAAGUGUUACAAAAAAUACAUGCAUAAAUUAUGCAAAUUAAAUAGCUCAAUUGAAUAAAUUUUGAGAUUUCAGCUUUAUUCAUAAAGAUUGUAUUAGUUUAUUCAAUUUCCUACAAGAUUAUACAUAGUUUUAUAAUGUAAAGUAAUUAGUUUAUUUUUUUAAUUAGUUUUUUUGCAAUGCAAGUGUUUGUGAAAUGAGCUUUAUCUUCUUGACACUGAAACUCCAAAUUAAGCUCUGUUUCCAAAGGGUUAAAUUUUUAAAUUGUUUCCUCUGGGAAACUAUUACUUCAAAAUCUCUUACCUUUUAGCAGGACUCUCUUUGGUAAUACCAUGCUAGUAAACCUCAAAAGAAAAAUUGGGAGAUGGACAAAUUUAGACACACUUUAAACUAAAUGUAUUUCCUGCGGCAUUUUUGGUGCCAAGUUGAUCCAUUUGGGUCUGCAUGGAAAGGGGAUUCUGCUACUUGGAUGAGAUAAUGCUUCACACAAAAAAAUACCUAAACUUUGUAGUUUUGCUUGAGAGAUUUUGAGCUAGAUGACACAUCAUCUUUGGUUGAUGGAUUGAUGCUUUUUUUUAGACUUAUAUUGCUAUAAAUUCUGGGUCAUACUCUUCUAAAUAACUUGAACAUGUUAUUGUGUAUGAAAGAAUUGUUUAAUUUGUAACAUAAUGUUCACAAUAUUUUUUUUUGUGUAGAAAAUUAAUCCUUACAAUUUUUCGCUCCUUCUUGUGGAAACAUAAUAUUAUGAUUAGUUCUUGUUGCAUUGAUUGGAUAGUGGUUAUAUAAUCUGAUUGGCACUUGUUGCAUUGAUUGGUUAGUGGCUACGUAAUCUGAUUAGCGUUUUUUGCAUUGAAUGGCUAGUGGAAAAACAAUCUGAUUAGCUUUUGUUCCAUUUAUUAGUUAGGCCAUUUUUCUAUUCCUGGUAAUCUACCACUCACCCUGUUACAGAUCCAGCAGUAACUACCCCAUAUUAUUUAUAUAUUUUAUGAUGAAGCCAAAAUCUCUGUUCAUGGUUUUCCCCAGUCACCCUACCACUGAAUCAUCAAUGAUCUGGAUAUGUAUGUACCUUGUCAGAGGGGUGCUAAACAUUUUAGCAGAACAAAUCUGUCACCUUUAAAUAACUUUUGCAUUGCAGUUUUUAAUGAAAAUAGAUAAUAUUGUAACUAGUUUGAAUUGUAUCAGGAUAAUAUGCAUUACAUUGUGUGAACCUCUAUAUUAUUUACCCUUAUAGUUUGAAGAGAGGCUAUUGUGGACUCUAUUGAUUACCAGUGUCUUAUAUUGUAAAGAGAGGUUAUAGUGGAUUACCUUAUGAUUUGCCCUUAUCUUAUAAUAUGUGAAGAGAAGUUGCAGUAGACAAUUUUAUUGUGUGAACCAUUGAUAAGUGGCUUGCGAAAUAAGCAAAGCAUUUUUGUUAUUUGGCAGAAAGUUUGUAAAUUAUAUUUGAACUACUUGCCUGAAUUCCUUAAGUAUUCAUUGAUAAUCUCAUCAUAUCUUUAACAUAUUUAGAUCUAUAAAGAUGGCAAGCCCUCACACUUUAUUAAUGCCUGUGACCCGAGUGACUCUAAUUAGAUGAGAUUUGUCAACUGUGCUAGGCAUGAAGACGAGCAGUGUGUAACUGCCUACCAAAAUGGAGGAGAAAUCUAUUACAGAACUCACAAGGAUGUUCAUCCUGGCACAGAAAUACUGGUGAGACAUUGAACCAACAUGGUUACUCUGGCUGUUUAUUGAAACAGCUUGCAUUAACUUUAGGGUCAUUUUUACUAACCAAGCAAUUAUCAGUUUUGAAUGCAUAGAUUAUUAGAUAAGGGGCCAUCAAUAUAAUAUGUGUGCACUAAGUUGGGGAGGGGGUUAUCGAUUUUGCUACACCUGGGUAUGGCCGCGGGGGUGGGUGGGGGAUUGUGUACCCAUUUAAGUAAAUUUAACAAAUUCACUUUUUUGUCCACUGCCCACUUGAGGAUAUAAACACUUCCCUAUGGCCCCCCUAUAUUAACCCUUUAAAAUAAUGUUCAGAGUAUUAGUUUUGUACAAGCCUGUAAGGAAAGUUAUAAAAUCACAAAAUAAAGAAGUGCAACAUUUAUUUGAACAUCUUUACAAAUAAAGUUGAUUAGCUUCCAACUAUAACAAGACCUCAGCUUUUAAAGUAGGAUAGUUACAAAUCAAGAAUUUAAUUUCGGCAAUUAAUAUUAGUAACUAAAUUUCUUGGCUGUUCAAAUGUUUUUAAUAUGUUGGACCGGCAUUGUGAAUAGAUAUCAGCUUUUCAAUGUCUAUUUGAAAAUCACUUUUAAAUGGCCUAGUUCCGUUAUCUGGAUCCUAUUACUUUGCUUGGAGAAAAGUUAAACAACACCAUUCUAUGAACACGUCCCAACAACUGUGAUUUUGGAAAGCAACAGGAAGUCUCUCAACAACUUUCCAGAGUACAGGAUAACUAUUUGUAACUAUCUUUUGUAGCCAAAACUCUAGGUGUGAGCUUCUGAACCUUUUUCUCAGCUCUAUAUCAUUUUUAAGCUGAAGUAAAUCUCUUUACCUGUCUCAGUAUCCGAAAAACGGAUUUAUCCACCAAACUGGAAUCAAAAGUAGAUCUUAAAUCACUUAGACAUAUCUUUAUGUUGAAUAUCCAAAUGGUCACAAAAUACUUCUACAGCAUUAUCUGGUAUCCCAUCUUUCUCUUCUAGUUCAGACCUGCUUGGAAAUUGGAAUAACUCACGAUGACCAAUAUUGUGUGUCAACAGAAUUAAUUAAGAUAAAAAUUUAGAGAUAAUUAAAUUGGUUUUGGUGAGUUUAGUCUUAUUUCAUUGCAACUCUAAAGUUAUUUGAUUGAAUUUAGAAAAUUUAUCUGAUAAAUAAGCAAUGCUGGUUUUUAUGUAUCUGUGGUCAGUACUUUGAGCAACAUUUGUGUCUUAAAAAUUACUACUACUGCUAUCACCGAGAUUUUUAUCAAUCAGAUGUUGGCAUCAAUGAGACAAUGAAUAGUAAUGAAAGAUAGCACUGCUUAUUUUAAAAGAAACUACAAACCCAGGGUAGUAACCAGUCAUUGAUGGUGCUCCAUCAAUUGCAAUAGGAAGCAUGUUACUUAAGGAAUUGUCAUUUCAAUGAAGAAUUGUUCAGCAAUAGGAAAUAUUGACUCCCCUUUUGGUAUCUGUUGCUAUCUGUCUUGCUUAAAUGAUAAUAAUUAUUAAACCAAACCAUGGGGGUGGUGCAAGGGGGGGGGGCACUUUUUCCCCCCCUGGAUUGAUUGAAAAAAAAAAAUUUAGACAAAAAUAGACACAAAAUUUAUUAAAGUAAAGAGAAAAUAAAGAGAAAGUAACUAAGCUGAUGUCCUGUCCGUUCGUUCACCAUACAAAUACGCUACAGUAAAUUAAAACUAUAUUAAAACAUUACUAAAAAAUUUUUGCUAUGUUUUUUUUUGCCCCCCCCCCCCCCCGGAAAGUUUUCUGGGGGCGCCCAUGAACCAAACUUCAUCUUUUACUAAACGUUUGUAAGAAGAAAGCAAAGAUACAUUGCCUGGCAAAGUCGAAUGUAAAUUCUGUUGACUUCAGUGUGUUACAUAAAUUAUCUUCAAUAUUAUUAUUCUCAGUCAUUUUAUCUAUGGGUCUCUGGCAAACAGUUGAGUUUUUUUGUGCAAAGUGGGUUGAAACUAUCUUGGUCCGCUCCUGAUGGCACUAGACCUUUCUACCCCACUGCUUUUGGCAUAUUAGUCACAUGGUAUCUACUUGUUACUGCUGGUUUAGAUCCAUACCUAAGAUAUUACAAAAUCUAUUAUCUACAUUUUUUACCCCUAUUUCUACCAUUUUUAUUCUGAGAGUUAUUAAUUUUAAAAACUACAUGUUAACUAAAUGAUUUCCAAAUAGCUACUCCCUCACCAGAUGCUACAAAAUGAUAAAAAAAUAAUAUUACAUGAUUAAAAUAUUAUCAACAAAAACUGCUCUAAAUUUUUUCAGCUCAGACUUAAUUAUAUUUAUAAUUAAUAGGAACACAUUUUAGUUAAAAUCAUUGUCUUAAAAUAAGUAAUUUUUUUUCUUUUCUUUAAAAAAAAAACAAGCUUAGCAAUACAUUUUUUUAUAUGAAGAACAAGCAAGACUUUCAUUUAUCUGUAUCAAAUUGCCCAUAAAAUUCAAAUUAAAACAUAAUUGCACCAUGCACUGUCAGUAUUGUUUUCCAUAUAAAACUAUUACACCCCUGAAUCAAGCAUUGUUCAUGAGAAGUAAAACAUAACAGAAAUAAUGCCUGUCAAGAUUCCACUCCUUUUAUAUUCUGAGUCCUAGGUCAUUGUUUUUUUAACAUUCUGUCAGGACCUGUCUUCUAGUCAAUUUAUUACGGUUGUCUGUUCAUUGAUCCCUGCUUAGUAUAAAAAUUUCGUUAUUAUUGCUGCGUGUUCUUUUGAAAAGAUCAAAUUUCAUUCGUGCUGUGUCUGAGAGCAUUAGAUCUAGUUAUAUCUAAAUAAUAAAUAAAUAAAUAACUUUUUAAAAGAAAUUUCUGAUUUUAAAAAGUUAGCUAAGUAAAAUUCUCCUGUGCCCUAUCAGGUAAUUCGACCAUCCCCCUAAGACUAUGGAACAUUAUAUCACCCCACUGAGCAGUGCCGGCUUCUUUGAGAACCACUGAUCUAAUGUUUUGUAGAUAAUGAGAUAAUUAUCCUCAUAAUUUUACCUUGGGUUUUAACAAGAGACCUCAUUUGCUAUCACUCUAGUUAUAGUAAAACUAAUAUUAAUUUGACUUGUCACCUUAAUUGUAUUGCAUGCUUUAGGUGUGUGUGUGACAUUAUGUUCAGCUACCCAGUGGUUCUAAAAUUUAUUUAUUUCUGGCACCAUCGCCAAAUUUAGGUGGGUUUUUUAAUGCCCUAUGAUUCUAUGUCAAUGUAAAUUCUAACAAAUACACUUACAACUAGCUCAUUUUUAAAAAUUAAAGAAUGUUUAAAAAUAAAUAUAACACAUGAGAUUUGAUAGUUUAAUUCACUAUUAAUUAAGUUUCACUAUUAAUUAAGGUUUUAUGUAAAGAUGAUUUUUGGCUCCUGAGGCAAUUUCCUCCUUUGUCCUCCACCCUUUGGCAUGGCCUUACCAGAGGGCAACACAGCUAUCCACAGUGACGCGUUUCUAAUUCUGGGAACCACUGGUCUAUGUCAAGGCCAAACAGAUAGAUUUAGAAACCUGUGACCGUUUUUUUUUUAAAGUUUAAGGGAGGAGGGUUGAAAGAACAUCUUUAUGUAUGCAGAGGGGAGUCCAAAAAAGCAUGCUUGCAUUGACUUUCUUUGUGUAACGGUCCUAUUAGGAUGGCCCGUAAAGGGUUGUUCAUAAAGGAUGUUCGAAAAAAAUAUGCAUUUCCCACCCCAUCCACAUUUGUUGCUUACACCUCCUUAAAUAGAUCAAUAAUAGAGGACAUCCGGAAUAAAAAAUUAUUGAACAUAUCUGAAUACAUGCAGUGGGUCUAAAUCAGCAUAUACAGUAAACAAAGAAAAUUUUAAUGCUAGCAGUCUAGAUUCUGCACACUCUUUCAUCCCUUGUACAUAUUUGGGAGAAAUCCCCACUCCUUUAUGAAUGCACCCUUAUUUAUGAUAUUAUAUAUGAAGAACGUCUUCGGCCUCAAGCUGAAUGUGAGAUUUUCAAUAAUAUAAGUUGAUAUUAAUUUUUUUUUAUCAGAGCUGCACUGAUUGAGAUUGGUCUUGUAUUUAAACAAUGGAGGCUUCCCUUCUUUGGUGUUUUUUUUCUUUACUAACAUUUUAUUUUUAGUUUCUACUGCUAGCUAGACUAGUUUUAAUUUCAAAUCCUAAAGAAAAUUUAACAGUGAAAUUUAUUGAAUGAGCAUGUGCUUGACAACGUUUUUUAAUUGUCUUAAGACUGUUAAAUCCACUCUAGACACUCGGGUUUCUCAUUGCAAAGGAUCUUUCUUAUCCCAGGAAAAGGGGAUAAAGUAACUCUCAUCCCGGGAUCGAGGAUGAAAUUAAUUCAAAUAAAAUUAUAUUAGAAACUGAGACUAUACAAGAACUGUUCUUUUAAAAAAUAAUUGUUUAGUUGUUUUUGUCUUUUAAUGAAUAGAAAAUGAUAUUAAGGUUACUUAAGAGGUUGGUCACUUGAUACUAGUUGCUUAAUUUCCCCCUACUUAACUCAAGUUAUAGAUACUGGUAAUUAAGAAGUGUAUUUUUAUCAAAGUAUUGAUUUACCAACCAUAACUUAGGUCCUAGGUCUAAAAUGCUAUAAUACUACAAUGCUUAGAAAAUAAUUAGAUGAACAUGGACUUAGAGGGUAAAGACGAGCUCCAGUCUUCUUCGAUAAGAAGUUCUCUCCUUAUUUGUUCUCUUGGCUGAAUAAGUUGUAUAUAUUUAUGUCAGGCAUACAAUGGUGACAGAUGAUUUAGUUGAUGUAUUUAUGUUGGUUUCAGGUAUACUAUGGGGACAGUUAUGCCAAGGAGUUAGGAAUAGACAUGCAGGUUGUUAGCAAAGAUAGCAGAAUAUCCUCAUCAAAGGGGUCAGAACAUUCAAGGGUAAAUGACUUCAUCAUUCCAACAAGCAAUGGAUGUGGGCUUGAUCCUAGUCAGGAUGACAGAGAUGGUAGUCCAUCAGCAAUAGUUGAGGGUAUGCUUAUAUUUUUAUAAUUUAUAGUAGGCUACAUAAUAUUAUUUACAUUGUGUGAAUGGAUGUCUUCAAUGUAUAAAGACUUUGAACUGCCAUUUUUGUCAUUUAUAAUUAUAUACUUAUAAAACUAAGUCAUAAAUUAUGUUAUACAUGAAAUGACAUUUGCUUUUCAUUUCAAGAGUCCAAUCCCAUUUUAUUUUUGUUCUUUGAAUCAUAUUGAUUACCGUACCAGUAGUUACUUUAAAUAAAGUAACUAAUUAACUUUAUCCGUGUCUGAUGUAUUACAGAUAUUUUCAAGUGCAAAUUUUGUACUACUGCAUUCUCACAUCAAAUAUACCUUGAGAAUCACUUGAGAAAAAAAUACAAUGGUGACUAUUGGAAAAUAAAGCAGGUGGAAGUAUCCAGAGAACAAACUGACCAACCUAAUGGUGUGGAAAAAUAUCCAUUACAAUGAAGUCUAAAGAAGAAAGAAACUUCUGAGAGAGUCAGACAACUCAAACAGAAAAAAACCUAUACAGGAGAAAAACCUUUUAACUGUGAUGUCUGUGGGAAAUAUUUUACCGAUAGUUGUCACCUAACUCGACACAAAAGGAAACAUACAGGAGAAAAACCUUUCAAAUGUGAGUCUGUGGGAAAGGUUUUACACAAAAUAGUAAUCUAACUACACACAAAAGGACACAUUCAGGAGAAAAACCUUUCAAAUGUGAUGCCUGUGGGAAAGGUUUU